AUUAUUGAGAAUCUACUAUGUGCCAUACACUAUGUUGGAGAAUGGGACAACUGUGAACAAAUCAGACCCAGCCACUGCCUUCGUGUAAAGUCAAGUAAUCAAGAGAGCACACUUGGGAGCCUGACAACUUGGGUCCAAAUUCUGACUCCAUCCCUUACCAGCCAUGUGAUCUGAAACAAGUUAAAACAGCCUUAGUUUUCUUAUAUAUAAAACAGGAAUUUUAUCUGGCAAAGAUGCUGCAAGAAUUAAACUAGUAAAAGACAAAUAGAAGCAUACCAUAUUAGUCACCUAGUGCUGUAUAACUUAGCAGCUUAAAACAACAUGCAUUUAUAAGCUCACUGAUUCUUUGCAUCAGGGAUGGAGGCAGAGCUUCCCUAGGUCCUCUGCUCUAGGCUCUCUCACAAGGCUUCAAUCAAGGUAUUAGACAGGGCUAGGGCCUCAACUGAAGGCUUACUGGGGAAGGACUGACUUCCAGGUUCACUAAAAGAUGAUUGUCAUCAUCUUUUGGGAUGUUGAACUGAAGGCUUUAGUUUCUAGCUGGCUGCUUCUUGCUUGGGCAUCUCCAACCUGGCACUGGGUUUUAUCAAAGCCAGCAAAAGAGAAAGUCUGCUGUUAGGACAGCUAAAAAGCCCUGCCUUCAUGGAGCUUACAUUUGAGCUGGCUGUAUGGCAGAGGGUAUUGGGAGGUUGGUGGAAGAGAGACAGGUAGUAGCAAUAGAAACAAAUAAUUGCUCAAUCUAAAUUCCAUUAAGGUUACAUCCCCAAAUUAUAGAAUGUUCAUUCUAAAAUGCCAAUCUCAUCAUGGCCCUCUUUUUUAUUAAAUAUGCUCCAAUUGGUAGGCUCAUUGCUUUAAAGAUGAAGACAAAAUUUCUUAGUUUUCACUAUAACCUCCUGUUCCAAGCUGUGUCUCCAGUGUAUCUACCAUAGCAGUAGUUGAAUGGUUACAGAGAGUAGCUACUCUGAAAGUGAUUUUUUAAAGUGUCUUAGAUUUUCCAUCUUUUGCCUUUUAUUCUUCCACUUGUGUUCGUAUCUUAACAUUAAACUAUAUUCUAUUGAAAGAAGCAUCUCAGUGAUGUUCCAGUAAAACUGGAAUUAAUAGUCCUGAACCCUUGAAGAUGAUAAUAUUGGUACCAACAUCUUCUUGAAGGCCCUUUCUAUCAUUAUAUCAUCAUUAUCAUAAAUACUGAUAUAAGGCUGACUUUUAUUAUAAUAAAACAAGAUUGAAGGCCAAGGCAGACAGAUUACUUGAGACCAGGAAUUUGAGACCAGCUUGGACAACAUAGUGAGACCCUGUCUCUACAAAAAAAAAAAAAAAAAGAUGGAAUAUUCUGACCCUUUACCUGAGUCAAGGAGGUGGGACCAAGUAGAAUUGCUUAGAAGCAAACCAUAGUAUAAACUUCUUUGAUUUACUCCCAGCGCAUUCUGUGCUGGAGAUCUAUGGGUGGAAGCAAAGAAUUUAAAAAAAAAUCAAAAUAGUUUUUCCUACUAAAAACUUGGUGGGAAUUCCAACAGAAGUAGUCAAUAGACAGAUGCUAUCCAGUGAAAUGAGAGUCUCAGGUGAACUGGAGACUGGUACAUGUAGAAUCAAAGAGGCUUAGAGUCGGAAAGAUAUCAGAGAUGACGCAGUGAAGCCCCCAGCCAUAGACAGAGUCCCUUCAAUGUCACACCAGUCCUGCAACUUCUUUUACUUCCACCCUCCUAAUUAUAGAGAACUGGCUCUUUUACAAGGCUGACAUUGUCAUCAUUAGAACCCAGCUGUUAUCUGCACUCUUCUUUAUUUUAAGGUAUUUCCCCGGAAUUACUGCACAUUACAAAUUUUGACAUUUUAGGCUACAGAAAUUUUGAUUGAAUCCCCUUGCUGUACAACAGCCCCCACAACACUUGCUCUCAGGAAUCUCACCUAUCUUAAAAUUCCUCUCUUUGUCGUACUUCUCUUCAGAUGUUUCCAACAUGCACCGCUGCUGAAGUUUUUUUGUUCCAGUUAUCUUCUGUAGGAUGAAGAGUAAGUUCUCAGAGUGCCAAGAUGGCAAAGCGAUGCUUAACACAUCGUCUGACUAAUGAAGAAUAAUUAGAACAUUUAUUUUCCAUGAACUAUUUUUCUAUUAUUGUAGCUUAAUAUCAUGCUAACUUUUUAAGCAACCAUUUCACACUCUUGGUGCCCAUUAAAAGUUUUUAGUCAAUUACAAUCCUUAAUUUUUUUUUUUUUCUCAUGAAGUGUUGCCAAGGUAGGUAUUUCCCAACCUGCAUGUGUACCAGAGUGUGUGUUAAUCUCAGACCUCUCUGUGAUCACGGGAAAAUCGCUGGCCAUAAACCUCACGUUAUUAAACUAUAAAAUGAACCUAAUAAUGUUAGAACCACAUGUGAGGUGCUGUAGAAAGUACCAUGUCUGAUAGAUAAGUGCUCCUCUUAUAAAGAACAGGCUAUUUAUAACCACUCUCUUCUCAAAAGACCGUAGGUGACCAGGCUAAUUACCUUUCCAAAAACUAAUUUUUAAUCCACAGCCUUCCCUUCUCCUUACUCUACUAGAAUCCCUGCUUCCAACAAUUAAACACCCAUCGAGUUAAUUUUCUUUCGUCUCAUACAGGUUGAUUGAGCUCUUGACUUUCUUUCUUUCUUUCCUUCUUUUUUUUUUUUUAUUUUUGAACAGCCGGUCAGGUCAAGAAACCCAAUCCCUCUCCACCAACCGGAGCCCCGCCCCCUGCCCCCGGAUGGCCCGGAGAGUUGAAGGCCAAAGACGGCGAGGAGGGCGCUCGCUGCUGUGCUCCCAGCCAAAGCGCAAGCUCGGCCUGCCUUAUCCAGUGGGACUGCAAAGGAUCCCUUCCCAAGAGGAGUCUCCUGCUAAAACUUCAUCAUCUCCAGUUGACCUGCCACUUCACCCAAGGAGGCAAGCUCUUGCCUGUGACAGUGUAUUUGCCAACAUGGCACCCAAAAAGAAGAUUGCCAAAAAGAACAAAGGAGAUAUCAAUGAGAUGACUAUAAUCGUAGAAGAUAGCCCCCUAAACAAACUGAAUGCUUUGAAUGGGCUCCUAGAGGGAGGCAAUGGCCUUAGCUGCAUUUCCUCUGAACUAACAGAUGCUUCUUAUGGCCCCAACCUCUUGGAAGGUUUAAGUAAAAUGCGGCAGGAGAACUUCCUAUGUGACUUAGUCAUUGGUACCAAAACCAAAUCCUUUGAUGUUCAUAAGUCAGUGAUGGCUUCAUGCAGUGAGUAUUUUUACAACAUCCUGAAAAAAGACCCAUCAACUCAGAGGGUGGAUCUCAAUGAUAUCUCACCACUAGGCCUGGCCACUGUCAUUGCUUAUGCCUACACUGGAAAGCUCACUCUCUCCUUGUAUACAAUAGGAAGCAUUAUUUCUGCCGCUGUUUAUCUUCAGAUCCAUACUCUUGUAAAGAUGUGCAGUGAUUUUCUGAUACGGGAGAUGAGUGUUGAGAACUGCAUGUAUGUUGUUAAUAUUGCUGAAACAUACUCCCUAAAAAAUGCAAAAGCAGCAGCCCAGAAAUUUAUUCGGGAUAACUUCCUUGAAUUUGCAGAAUCGGAUCAGUUUAUGAAACUUACAUUUGAACAAAUUAAUGAACUUCUUAUAGAUGAUGACUUACAGUUGCCUUCUGAGAUAGUAGCAUUCCAGAUUGCAAUGAAAUGGUUAGAAUUUGACCAAAAGAGAGUAAAAUACGCUGCAGAUCUUUUGAGCAAUAUUCGCUUUGGUACCAUCUCUGCACAAGACCUGGUCAAUUAUGUUCAAUCCGUCCCAAGAAUGAUGCAAGAUGCUGAUUGUCACAAACUUCUCGUAGAUGCUAUGAACUACCACUUGCUUCCAUAUCAUCAAAACACAUUACAAUCUAGGCGAACAAGAAUCCGAGGCGGCUGCCGAGUCCUCGUCACCGUUGGGGGACGCCCAGGCCUUACUGAGAAGUCCCUUAGCAGAGACAUUUUGUAUAGAGACCCUGAAAAUGGGUGGAGCAAGCUUACAGAAAUGCCAGCCAAAAGUUUUAAUCAGUGUGUGGCUGUGAUGGAUGGAUUUCUUUAUGUAGCCGGUGGUGAAGACCAGAAUGAUGCAAGAAAUCAAGCCAAGCAUGCAGUCAGCAAUUUCUGCAGAUACGAUCCCCGCUUCAACACCUGGAUACACCUGGCCAGCAUGAACCAGAAGCGCACGCACUUCAGCCUGAGCGUGUUCAACGGGCUCCUGUACGCCGCGGGCGGCCGCAACGCAGAAGGAAGCCUGGCCUCUCUGGAGUGCUACGUGCCCUCCACCAAUCAGUGGCAGCCGAAGACGCCCCUGGAGGUGGCGCGCUGCUGCCACGCCAGUGCGGUCGCCGACGGCCACAUGCUGGUGACCGGAGGCUACAUCGCCAACGCAUACUCGCGCUCUGUGUGCGCCUAUGACCCGGCCAGCGACUUGUGGCAGGAGCUGCCGAGCCUGAGCACACCCAGGGGCUGGCACUGCGCAGUCACGCUGAGCGACAGAGUGUACGUGAUGGGCGGCAGCCAGCUAGGGCCGCGCGGGGAGCGCGUGGACGUGCUCACCGUGGAGUGCUACAGCCCCGCGACAGGUCAGUGGAGCUACGCGGCGCCACUGCAGGUGGGAGUGAGCACCGCGGGCCUCUCGGCCCUGCACGGCCGCGCCUACCUGGUCGGGGGCUGGAACGAGGGCGAGAAGAAGUACAAGAAGUGCAUCCAGUGCUUCAGCCCCGAGCUCAACGAGUGGAUGGAGGACGACGAGCUACCCGAGGCCACCGUCGGCGUGUCCUGCUGCACCCUCUCGAUGCCCAACAACGUGACUCGGGAAUCCCGGGCCAGUUCGGUAUCUUCUGUGCCAGUCAGUAUCUGAGCCCAGGUAGAUGCAGGGACGCAGAAAGAAUAUGUUAUUUAUUCAUAGAGCCACGUUGUUAACCUCUGAGUUCGCGAAAAGGAAAAUAUUUAACAUUUACUACACUGACUGUAUUGUAAAAUAUGUCGAGGCACAUGUCCUGAUGGCUUUAAAUUCCUGGUAUGGCAUAAUCUACCUCUGUCUUUUUUUUUUUUUUAAAUCAAAAUACAGGGCCAUGGCCAACAAAAGAAACAAUUUAUUUCAGCGGCCACUGGGUGGCAGACGGAAUUCGUUAUAGGCACUGUUCCAAGGCGGCGUGUUUCCUAAAUGUAUAGCGGUUACACCCACAUUUGAGAUUUUUUCCUCUACACUUUAGUACACUUGAGGUUUAUGUAAGUGAUUUCAUGUUCAAAAGUUUAUUUUCCUCUCUCUCUUUUUUCUUUAGGAAGUUGAAGAUAUUCAUAUAGAUUUUAUUUAAAAAUGGAAAUUGUCGAUCUACGUAGACUUAAGAUUUAAUUCUCUAUUUCAACGCAAUUUUUCCCCCAAAUGUGAUUGAGUAAAGGAUUUUGAAAGAUAUCCCAUGACAACGUAAUAAAGCUUAAAACAAGAUCUGACCGAAAAGGAAUAGGGAUUCCACCCAGGGACCGUAAAGUUGAUAACCUUUGCGUUAGCGGACAUUUCUCUUUUUCCAUGCCUCAGGCCCCAGUUUAUUUUCUACCAUAAAAUCCUGCUGUCAGUCAAGGAAUUGAUUUGAGUCAUUUAAUUUAUAGUGUAAAUUUAAGUCAUGUGGUUGUUUCAACUAGAAGGAUUUGCAUUUUAUCCCUUGUCCUCUGUUAAAGAAGAAUUUCACAUACCCUGGGAGCCUUACCCUCACCAUAAAAGCUACACCAACCUGGUUAAAGGCAACCUUGGCCCUAAUGUACGCCCUGCAAAGAUCACCAAAUAAAACUAUGUCCCUAAGGACCAUUAGCUUGAAGCUUAGAGAGCCUGAAGUUUAUACAACUAAUAAUAAUAAUUUUAUUUGCCCCAAUCUUUUGUAAGACAAGAAUGAAAGAAACAUUUGGAAUUUGCAGAUUUGGUAGUAACUGGAUGAACGGGUUCUCCUGUUGAUAAAUGCCAUUGUUUCCCAUUUCAUAUGGAUCCUCCUGAUUUCUUAAGUAAAAAUCAAACACUCAUCUCACAUAUAUAAAAAUAUAUGCUCAUUCUGUCCUAUUUUUAUUAAUCUCAUCUGCUCCAAAUUAGCUUUGGAUUUAUAAUCAAAGUGUAUCCACUUGAUAGCAUUUUUCUUAUAUGUUUGCCAAGUUUUGAGGAAAGGGAAUGACUGUAGUAAAUGAUACAUAUUUUCCUUUUUUAUAAUUUAUCACUUUAUUCUUUGACAGUUUAUUUGUUUUGGAGAGGAAGUGGCCUAUCAAUUAUGGGUUAUGUGCAAUUGGAUUUUGAAAAAUAAAACAAGCUAUUUAGGAAUUGAACAUGAGUUAUAUGGAAAUAUAAUUUGGUUUUCAUUCAUCUCAUCCUCUCCACUUUGUGUAGAUAGGUUGUUGCUAGAGUUAUGAUAUUUAUUUCUAAAAUAUGUUAUCUGAACUGUGAAAAGUGGUUCAUAUAGUACACUUUGUGGAACAAUUUUAUAUCAUUGCCCCUUAUGAAAAGUUCAAUCUCUGGGUAUUUAAUGAUAACACUCAGGUAAGGGCUACAAACGCUGUAAAUUAAGAACAAGACAUUAUUAAUGUAAAAGCACUGGGCUGUUUCCUUAUCCUACACAAAGAAUCUUUUACCUUGGUGUAUGUGGAUAUGGUAUAUUGCCUUGGUGUAUGUCUAUGUGUGUAUACGCACACACUCAUACAACUGAGAAGCCUAUAGUAUACGGUUAAUUUUUAGAGAAAAGGUGUUUUAUUGUGGACUACACAUCAUAAGUGGGCGAAUAGAUGUAAUUCCUUGAUGCACACUAAUAGAUGUGUUCCCAUUGACAUCUUGGAAGUAUUGUAUGAAAAGGAGGACCUAGGGCUUGAAAUGAAAUGAGAAUCAAUCAGUUGUAACAUUACAUGAUGGAAUAAUGAGAAGAGAUACUGAAACUAGAGGAUUUUUCGUCUAUCAAAGCUUGAUAAAAUAGAUUGUGCAAAAACUUGGCAGUGGCUUUCUAGAGAUGAAACUGGAGACAUGUUAGAGCUGGAUAAAUCAUUUAAAAUUACUAUUUAACUUAUUUUCUUUAUUGUUUAUCUGAAAACUCAGAAAAUCCACAUAUGUGAGCUUACCAGAUUCUUAGGUACGUUGCUGUUCCAUCUUCUGCUUCAACAGUUAGGAAAAUAAAGACUAAUAUGAAUUUGGAAUGUUGGAAUUUCUGACAUACCACAUUGGCGAGGAGUAUGGAAUGUAAGGAUUGAUGAAAGUUUCAUAUCCUGGAACAUCUUGUAUUGCCAAAUGAAAGACAUAAAAGUAUGCAGAAUCAAAAUAAUGUGUGUCCCCUUUCAUGUGUAAGCGAAACAUAUUCUUUAAACCACCUAUUGAAGCAGUUGCUGCUAGAAACCUAGUUUCUCCAGAUUUCCCAAGUGGAAAAUAUUUAGUAUGUUUUUAAGCUUACAUUCAAUUACUCUCCAGAAUCUUAGGACCCAACCAUAUACUUCCUUUUAUUUUUUAUUAAAGAAAAUGACUUGUUAUUUUUGUAACGUCUGAGUCCUGUGAUCAAAUAAAAGCAUCAGUUCAAUGUAUCAGAGAAAUUGCAUGUUACCCAGCAGCUGAAAUAAUAAAAUUCAAGCUCUCUUUUUCCGAAUGGGCCAGAGACCUGAUGAGAAAGUCUGCAGGAAGCCAAACUUUAACGUAGUUUGUCCAUUUUUAGUUAGGUUCUUGGUGCCAAAUUGUCAUCCCUGAUGCAUUAGUUGCUUUCGGUGCACUGAAUGAAUUUUAUUUUUACUUCGUAUGUUGUAAGAAUGGUUUUGAAUAGAAGGACAGUGAUGGUACAGAUUCGUAUAAUUUUAAAAGAUGAUUAGAUGGUAGUGAAGUGUUAUGAGUGAGGAGGUAUAAUUGAUGCCAUAAGAAAGUGAGUACUGAAUGGUUCUAUGAUUUAAGGUAGAGCAGCAGUUGUAGUAAGUGUAUUUUACAAAUACGCAUGUAAAUAGAAGUUUACCUGGAAAUAUGUAUGUUCUAAAAGGUCAACUUUUUAAUUUUAUUUUUUUGAUAGUUGUCCUGGCCAAGUGUCUUCAGAACUCAUCCAAGUUACUAGGCGAAAGAAACUAAAAUCACCUCAUUAAUUUUUUUCCGUUAGUUACAACCAAAUGAAUUUAUGUAAUCUCUGAAUGAGCUAGAUCCCUAUUCCAGCCACUGAUGAAUAGGUUCUCCAGCACAAGGCAGCAUUAAAAGGAAUUACUUUUCAGUAUUUAUUUUCAUGCCAAAAAAACCUACAGCAUAAUUUUCCGAACAGUGCUCUAUUGGUAAUUAUGAGAAUUAAACACUCUAAAAUAUUAAAGAUUUACCCUCCAGCACAUUCGUUGGGUAAAGACCAUUUAAUUUGCCCUCUCAGGGAAUUUGAAAUAAAUUAUUUGUCUUGGAUAUUCUUUAAAAACUUUUUAUUUAUUCAGCAGAUUUUGGCAAAAAAAAUUUUCAUUUGCUUAAAACAUUCUGGUACUAUGUAAGGAACAACGAACUAAAAUGUAUGCAGUGCUAUUUUGUAAUCUCAUCACUAUCAAUAAAGCUGCAUUCAAUAAGACCUUAGUCAAUUACUAAAUAUGGGCAGUUUUGAAAUAUCCUUUCUCUGAUGAUUGGGGUGUUUGUUUUUUUUCUCUACUUAGUUUUCAUGAUGAUUCACCUAGACAAAACAACAACAAAUGACAAGUAACUGAAAAAAUAUUUCAACAGCUUGAAGACUAGUGAAAGAAAAAGGUAUAAAACAUCAAUAGAGACUUGCUUUGUAACUCAGAGAAAAGCCCAACUCUGGUCUAGCUCAGCCCUGACUAUUUAGAAGUCAUAGGUUAAGUGUGGUUUGUCUUCCCAUUUCCACCCUGACCACAGCCAGCUUGUCACAGGUGCAUCAUCAUUUGCAACAAAACGUUUUAGGAAAUAAAAUCCCAUUGUUGUGUAGACAAGCCCUUACAGCCUUUCUCUUCUACCUUAUCCCUCCAAAUGAGCAAGUAAAAUGUAACCAACAUAAGAUGCUCAACCUUUGAUCUAAUUUAGUACUUAAAUAAUAACAUUCAGUUGAGGCCAUCAAAUCUAGGAAAUUCUAAAUGGCAGCAGUGUUUUUCUUAAAAUUCUCCAAGCCCUGUAAUCAUAUAAAUAGACUAGACUAGCCUCAAACACAAAACAAAUGGUGCCACAUUCCAAAUUUUGAGCAUACCAGCCAGAUGCCUCAGAGUUUCUUUGCGUUUUCUUUAAACUCCCACAUUACUCCAAGCUUCCCUACAGAUUUGUACGGCCUCCCACAACAAUCUUGGGGAUGUCUCCACUCUCAGUUACAGUGGGAAACUAAGCAGGAUCUUUUUUUGCUAGGCCAGGUAUAGACAAGAUCUGUGCCCUUUCCAGGCUUCAGCACUGUGCUGAAUUCUAUCUAUAUCUCUUUGGCCAGAACAGCCAUCCGGCCUACUUAGAUGAAAGGGAGCUAUGAAAAAGGUCUUCAUGUCCAGGAGGAAAAGUAAAGUUUUCAUAUAGCAUUGUCUCUGCACAAUGAAUGGCUAGUCAUCUUCAUACCUGGUUAUCAAAGGAACAAGGAGCUUCCCAGUCAAACUGCUUCCCCUCAGCCACACUGCUCUGGCUCUGAUCACACCAUAACUAUGCUCUCCUCUCCCUUUCCUGGGUCACAAGACAUGUACUCAGCUCCCCUAUUACACUUUGCCUUUUUCCUUCUGAAGAACAAGCCCAGACAACUCUUGCAGACUUUUCUCAAUUCAGUGCCCUUACAGGUCAAGAGCGUGUAUUAAAUGUAUUCUGCCAGCCUUGAGUGUUUGCACAAAUCCAGUUCCCAACAGCCAUCAAAUAAACCCCUCUCUCCCUGGGUCUCCUUGUUCUUCUGUUUCUGGAAUCGUCUUAAUUCUUCUUGAUCUAACCUCUUCUGAAAGAAUGUUGAGUGAAAAUUAUACAUCUGUGACUUAAUUCCUGCCACUCUAGCCAUACUAGCAGGUUCCCCAUACAUGACAAUUUGGGGAGAAGAGAACACAUGAAGAGUCUAAAAGAGGACAUACACGCAUCUGUUCUUAAUCCCCAUUAACAGAAGAAGAUUCCUGAAAGAAAGAGGGGGAAGGAAGCUAAAUGGUGGUAAUCUCUCAAGUUUUAUUCUGCAAUAUUAAUGAAAUGUUUCCAUUUAUUGCAGAGUUCCAAACUGAAAAAUGAUUUAUUUCAUUACAAUUCUGCAUAUGAGUAGCAAAAAAAAUUCUGUAUGCCGAAAGAAUCCUUUGUUGUUUAACAAAUGUUCAUUAGACAUAAUUAUUUCCCAGCCUCAUGCCCCUGAUUAUAUUCUGUCUUUCUCUGCCCUGCUCUGUGCUCCGUCCCCUAGGGACUACAUCAUCCAGACUCAAGCUCUUUGGCCGUACAUUUUAUUCAUCUAACGGGAGGUAUCAGAAGGAGGUCAGAGGGCAGAAGCAAGUGGUUGGGAUUUUUUUUUCUGCCCUCUUCAGGCUUCAGCACUGUGCUUCUGGCCUCGGCUGUAACUCUCAACAGGUCCAGCCCAAUGGCCUUUCCUCCCUGGUUCAAAUCUCACCGUGCCUACGUGCCAUCAUAGUUUACCACCUCUGGAUAUUUUCCUGUUGAUUUAUGUUCUGCCAUCCCUUCUAGAAUACAAUCCUUAAGUGUGAAAGUUUUGUCUCAUUCACAGAUGUACCUCCAGUGUCUAGAGUCAUGCCUGGUGUAUAGUAGGAGAUCAAUUUUUUGUGUGUGAAGUAAGUAAGUGAAUGAGUGAAUAAAACAGUAAAACCAUCAUGACCUA